GGCUUCAUUUAAGUUUUUCACUUCGUUGUUGUCGCGUUGCCGCCGCGAAUUGUCUGAAAACUUUUCUAUUGUUUCUUCGAUUCGGUCGAUAAUGGCAAAGCACUGUGUUUAAGCCGUCACAUUCGAGUAUAAUAUUCAACAAUCAGUUUUAAUUAAUAGUGUAACCACAACAACAAGAGCAAGAGAGCAAUACAAACGAUUAAAAUGGGACAAAAAGUGUCGCGCACCGACUUCGAAUGGGUUUAUACGGAAGAACCGCAUGCCUCACGUCGCAAAAUUAUUCUCGAGAAAUAUCCACAAAUCAAGAAACUGUUUGGUCAUGAUCCGAACUUUAAAUGGAUUGCCGGCGCAAUGGUGUUGACCCAAAUACUGGCGUUGUUCAUUGUCAAGGACUUGUCGUGGCCCUGGCUGUUAGUGUUGGCCUAUUGCUUUGGCGGCAUUCUGAAUCAUUCACUUAUGUUGGCCGUGCACGAAAUAUCGCAUAAUCUUGCCUUCGGCCACAGCCGCCCCAUGCAUAAUCGGAUCUUGGGCUUCAUUUGCAAUCUGCCCAUAGGACUGCCGAUGAGCAUAUCGUUUAAAAAAUAUCAUCUCGAACAUCAUCGCUAUCAAGGCGACGAGGUGAUUGAUACAGAUAUCCCAACGCUACUGGAGGCCCGAUUAUUCGACACAACCUUUGGCAAAUUCAUGUGGGUGUGUCUGCAGCCCUUCUUCUACAUUUUCCGUCCGCUGGUGAUCAACCCAAAGCCACCGACACGCCUGGAGAUCAUCAAUACGAUCAUACAGUUGACAUUCAAUGCUGCCGUCGUCUAUUUCAUUGGCUGGAAGGCGAUGGCCUAUCUGAUAUUCGGCUCGAUUCUAGCCAUGGGACUGCAUCCGGUGGCGGGGCAUUUUAUAUCCGAGCACUAUAUGUUUGCCAAGGGAUUUGAGACGUACUCGUAUUAUGGCCCACUCAAUUGGAUCACCUUCAAUGUGGGCUAUCACAAUGAGCAUCACGAUUUUCCGGCUGUGCCUGGCUCUCGGCUGCCGGAGGUGAAGCGCAUCGCCAAGGAGUUCUACGAGACGAUGCCACAGCACACCAGCUGGACACGUGUGCUGUACGAUUUUGUGAUGGAUCCCUCUGUGGGUCCAUACGCGCGUGUCAAGCGCCGACAGCGCGGAUUGGCCUCCUAAAGUGGCCGCAUCAACGAUUUUACUAACGGUUUCCUGGCAUUAUGUAAUCUCAGCGUUUAGACCUAGAAGCACAACCACGGUAACAACAAACAGGAAAUAAGCGAAUGCAAAUGAGAAAUGCCUGCUAAGUUCUGUCCUGCUUAUUUUUGGACAGCGAACGCACUGGAUGAUUAUAAAACGUAUUUUUUCAUGUGUAAGCUUAUAUAAUAUGUAUGUAAAGCUUAGUUGGCAAGGCAAUUGUUAAGCGCUAUUAUAAACUAUUAUUGUUACCUCAAAAAACUUAAUUGAUGGCCUGUUAAACGUAGUAUGUAAAUUGUCUCCUAUAUUUAGUGUUUUCUAAAUAUGUAUGUAUAUUUAUAAAUUUGUGCGCCUAAAUGCAGCUGUAAACAGUACUAAACUAAACUAUACACUAUAUAUACUGCAAA